GGUAUUUGUUUAAACAUUUCAUACAUUUACGUCAAAUGGUGAAAGCUGCUGGGCGUGUUAAAACAACAACAAAAUGGUGAUGGCAAGCGGGUUGUCACUCUUUUCUAUAAUUAUUUGGGCCUUGUCAGUCAGCUACUGCCCAAAACCUACCAAAUAGCCGAGCAGCUGCUAGCCUUUGUAGCUAGCCAGCGACUGUCAUAGCGUUUGUUUAUGUUAGCUGUUCGACAGCUGGUGUUAUGUUUAUAAAUUACAUAAUCUAGUUAAACUGCAAACGUAAUAGCGUGCGACUAUUAAAAUGUGCAUUAUGUGUAUUCAGUAGACUUAAAAGUCUUUGGUUAUUUGUAUUAAAAUGUUAGCUGUGUUACGGUCUCUGUUAGCUGACUGAGUCAACUCUGAAGCGCUGAGUGAGAAUACGAUUUGUAUUUACAACACGAGAUUAGGUGUUUCUGUGAUCACAUCAAUGGCUAUAUAAAGUCUUUGAUUAACAGAAUGUUUAUUUACCUGAUGAUUACCUUGAUUUUAGAGCCGGUAGUGGAGGAACACGGAGGUAAACAGCAGGCCACAGAGAACACAGUGUCCCUGUUCGUCCAGGCCUCGUUAGUUGUUAGCAGUGUUACAGCAGGCCAAACUUUUAAUCUGGGCGGUGUUGUGUUGUGUUUUCUCUCUUCAUGACACCUUUUCUUUCAGCUGUUAAAGGCAAUUUUAACAUUGCACCUUACACCUUGGGUUGUCUCGAUCAAGAAACAUCUGUAUCUGUAUCAUGAGUGUCAAUAUUAAAUCAGUUCAACCAAACCCUGCAGGACACUGGUUUGUGACCAUGAUGAAAGAGGAUCCGACUUUGUCAUUAGGUCCUCAGUCUAUUUUUACUUCACUUUUUUUGGGGUGAUUAUAUUGCUGCAAACUACAGACUUAACUAAAGAAACAUUAGGUGGGUAAGUCUGACCUUUCUAUUAGAUGGGCUUAUAUAAGUAGUUGAAGUUUUUGAGGUUCUUUUAAAUUAUUUGUCACAUAAAGGGCCCAGAAAUGUGUUUUUCUAGUACUUAGUGACUAUUUUAUGUAGAAAAAUAAUUUGUUAUGUUAAAAAAUGAGAGGAAUCGACCGACCAACAAUAUAAUUUCAUAUCUAACUAUUUAAAAUAAAGUUUUUUUUUUAUUAACUUUGUGGGCGAAAUUGACUUACUACUUCCAGCUGGUCAGUUUUAAGAAAAUUAAAAUCUUUCAGUUUCAAGCUGUUGGUCAGACAAACCAAACAAAAGGAAGCAAUGACAAAGGGGUUAAAUGUGACUACAAUCAGCAUUAAACAUUAUUUAAAAAAUACAACUAAUGACUAAUAGUUUUUGCCCAACAAAUUUUAAACCCCUUUUAUUUGGUAUGGAUUUUUGCCUCAGAAAAGAAGUAUAACUUUGGCCAUUUUAACAGUUUCGGGAUUAGAUCUUUUUCCUUCUUGUUGUGUUUUCUCUUUCAUGUCUAGGUGUUGUUGUUGUGUGCGUGAGUGUUCCAGUCUGAAUCAUGGAACAGUGUGCAUGUGUUGAGCGGGAGCUGGAGAAAGUGCUCCAUCGUUUUGUAAUAUACGGCCACCAGUCUGAGGAGAGGCUAGACGAACUCCUGCGCAGUGUUUGUGAGAUACGAGGACAGCUAGUUGCUUUCGGAGUACAAGAUGCAGACUUAUCAGUGCUAUCUCAGACUAUGGCACAGUGUUGUAAGAAUAUCAAAGAAACAGUGCAGAUGUUAGCCUCCCGACACAAGGACAUCCAUGGCAGCGUGUCAAAAGUCGGCAAAGCCAUUGACCGGAAUUUUGAUGCAGAAAUCAGUGCUGUGGUCGCAGAGACAGUGUGGGACACACCAGAGAGACAGAAAUACCUGAGUGAAACCAUUGUGGAGCACCUGUACAGACAAGGGAUGCUCAGUGUAGCAGAGGAUCUCUGUCAGGAGUCUGGUGUAGUUAUAGAUAUGAGCAUGAAGCAGCCUUUCCUGGAGCUCAACAGAAUCCUUGAAGCACUGAGGAUGCAGGACCUCAGGCCAGCACUAGAGUGGGCGGUGACGAAUCGGCAGCGGCUUUUGGACCUGAACAGCAGUCUAGAAUUCAAGUUGCACCGCUUGUACUUCAUCUCCCUGCUCGGUGGCGGAAUCAGCAACCAAAUGGAGGCCCUGCAGUAUGCCAGGCACUUCCAGCCAUUCGCCUCCCAGCAUCAGAGAGAUAUUCAGAUCUUGAUGGGCAGUCUUGUGUACCUGCGUCAUGGCAUCGAUAACUCUCCGUAUCGCAGUCUGCUGGAGACGAAUCAGUGGGCAGAGAUCUGUAACAUCUUCACCAGGGAUGCCUGUGCUUUACUUGGCCUUUCUGUAGAGUCUCCACUCAGUGUUAGUUUUGCAUCGGGCUGUAUGGCCUUGCCAGUGCUGAUGAACAUCAAGCAGGUUAUCGAGCAGAGACAGUGCAGUGGAGUCUGGACGCACAAAGACGAGCUGCCUAUCGAAAUUGACCUCGGGAAGAAGUGCUGGUACCACUCUGUGUUCGCCUGCCCGAUCCUCAGACAGCAGACCUCAGAGAGUAAUCCUCCCAUGAAGCUAAUCUGCGGACACGUCAUCUCCAGAGAUGCCCUCAACAAGCUGACUAAUGCUGGGAAGUUGAAAUGUCCGUACUGCCCCAUGGAGCAGAAUCCAUCACAUGCCAAGCAGAUCUACUUUUGAUAUCGCACACUCUCCUCCUGAGUAAGGAUGAAGUUCCCUGGAGCUCUUUGCUUUUCCAGGACCAUUUGCUCUGGCCCUUUUUCUUCUGUCCCUGGCCUCUUGGCCUAUUUCUGUAAGCAUUAAGGUUUUAUCCCAGUGCUCCUCUGGACAGCCUUGGCCACCCUUUAAACCCACCUUGGACCAUCCAACUUUGCGUAGUAUACAGAGAGAGUCCAGCGGGGAAGGUCCGACUACAACAUUGUAGUAGAGUGAGGAGUGUGUCAGUAAUGAGAACCGCCUCACAAAGAUGCACCACUGAAAAAGGAUCAUUCAUUGAAAGUCAUUUGCAAAUGCCUGGAAAGUUAUAGGCUUAUCUUUUUAAGGUGUGUUCUACUUUGUGUUUGUUUUCUUUGCUUUAGCGACUGUUUGAGUUGGAUGACUGCUUCAUUUUUUCUUUUUUUUUGUGACAGAAGCAGUUGAAUGGAUAUGGAUGGGUGAGUGUGGGUAUGAAUGGCAUAGAUCAGCGGUUUCUGAUUUCAGAAGGUAAUAAACUUCUAUUUAACACAAGGAAAACUACAGAGAACAAAUGGUGUUGAAGCUGUAUUAUUUGCAGGUAAAGGGACAUGUGGAGGUCUAUCUUGAAUUGAGCUCUAUUGUGACCCUGGUUACUUAAUGUUAUAAAGGCCUCACGUAGCUUGAAAGUCACUGAUGGAGGAUGUUGAUUAGUAGAAAAAUUCACUCAUCAAAGGUGGAUCAGCUUUUUUUCUUUUUGGACUGACUGCACCAGCAAGAUUUUCCUCAUUGUAGAUGCCAUUUGUCUUGUUCCAUGUAUGUAUUUAACAAUGACUAAAAGGAAACAAAAAAUAUAUACUACUGUGAAAUGUG